AUGGCGUCUCAAAGUAAAGUCGGGUUCAUUGGGUUGGACGACCUGAGUUUGGAAUUAGCUGCUUCACUCCUUCGCGCUGGCUAUGGCGUCCAGGCGUUUGAGACAUUCAGCCCUUUGAUGGACGCAUUUUUGAAGCUUGGGGGAGUAGGAUGUGUGAACCCUAUGGAGGCUGGGAGAGGUGUUGGAGCUUUAAUCAUAUUGAUUUCUCAUGCAGAUCAAAUAAAUGACAUUAUUUUCAGUCAUGAGGGUGCUUUAAAAGGGUUGCAGAAACAUGUAGUCAUUAUUCUCCAUUCAACCAUAUCACCUGCAUAUAUCCAGAAGCUAGAGAAGAGCAUUACAGGCAACUUUUUUCUUCAUAUUUCUUGUUGA